CAUAAUUCAAAUCUAAAGAUACAUAAUAUCUCGACCGUUGGGAGCCGCAAGAUCAGAAACUGAUCAUGGACAAGGUUAUGAGAAUGUCAUCAGGGAAAGGAGUUGUGAUCUUCACCAAAAAAUCAUGUUGUCUGUGCUACGCCGUGCAGAUACUUUUUCGUGACCUUAGGGUUCAACCAACAAUCCACGAGAUUGACAACGAUCCUGACUGCCUCGAGAUCGAGAAGGCCUUAGUCCGUCUUGGCUGCCCCAACGCAGUUCCUGCUGUUUUUGUAAGUGGUAAGCUGGUGGGUUCUACCAAUGAAGUCAUGUCGCUUCACCUAAGUGGCUCUCUCGUUCCCUUGAUCAAGCCGUAUCAGUUAUUUCAUAACUAGAAAUAAAUGGAUCCUUAAGAAAAAGAAAGAUAAUUGUUGUAUGUUGAGAUUGGAUAGUAAAUAAUGAUGGAAAGAUUACACUUGAAUGUGUAUCAUGUUCUUAUAUAUAUAGCUGAUUUUAUA